UCUGCGGAGCACUGGGAUCCUGUCCUUGACCUGUCUGUCUAUCAGAAUUGCUCAGCGCCGGUUAACUCUAGUGUUAUUUAUACACACUUUUAGUAGAAGUGAAGUGCGUCUUACAGAUUGUUUUUGUUGUCCCUGCAAACAUGAAUUUUAAAAUACGGGCUGCAACGAAAGAAGACUGCAAAGAAAUCUCAAGAAUGAUAAUGGUGAGUGAUAGUUUGAUGUAAAUAUGCUAGUUAUCUGCGCUCUGUUCACUGUUAUAGUGAAUGGUAUACUUCUGCUCUACACGUUUUUAGGCUUGCUCCUCACUUAAAUUAUUCUGAAUGAUUGACGCGUUCCUUAUUGAUGAAAUACACCUGUCCUAUACAUAAUGAUGUAAUUCAAGUUUUAUUUAGCUGUUAACACGAGUCAAUAAUACUGUAAUUUACCAUGCUGUAAUUCCCUCUCUGCAGGAGCUGUCAGUCUUUGUAAAAAUGCCUGACCAGGUGAAGAUAUCUCAUGAAGAACUGGAGCGCGACGGUUUCUGCCAGAAUCCCUUCUUUGAGUGCCUCGUUGCAGAAGUUCCUGAGGAGAGUAAAUCUAAAGAAGGAUACACAGUUGUUGGAUAUGCUGUUUACUUUUACACGUACAGUACUUGGAAAGGACGGACUGUAUACUUGGAGGACCUCUAUGUGAUGCCAGAAUUCAGAGGAACUGGCAUUGGCAAAGGUUUACUGAGCAAAGUGGCAGAGAUUACGAAGAAGAAGCAGUGCGUGCGGCUUCAGCUGUCUGUGCUGAACUGGAACGCCCUUGUUCGGGACUUCUGUGCUGCUAAAGGAGCUCAGGAUCUCACUGUCACUGAAGGCUGGCACUUCAUACGUUUUGAUGGACAAAACUUGGACAAUUUAGCAAAUGAAGCACCAAAAGAUUGAAAGUUUGCUGAAGAAAAUGUGUCCAAUAUUGUUAAUGUUUUUGAUUGGUAUAAAUGAUUUGUUUUUAUAUUCUGUGGGGCCAAAAAUAAGCCAUACAAUCUUGUCAGUCCCUAAACUUAAGAAGGUUAUGUCUAAGGAUUUGAAUGCAUGGAAUGCACAGUAUUGGAUUUUUGCCAAUUUUGUCAAUAUUUCUAGACUCAUCUUAGCCAGUAGA